AACGUCUCUCCCGAUGGCUUUGAGCCGUGAGACGAAUUCCAUCAUUUGUCAAGCGUUAGUUGGCUAUGUACACCUGAACGUAUAAAAGCUUUACUCCUGGCCCAAACCGUUGACUAUGUAACUAUGAUUGGUGCCAAGACAUGCAGUCAUGCAAAGGCAUGCAGUCGGCACCAUCGCAGGAUGCAGCUUACGAGUCCAAACGAGUUUGAACUAUGCUGUGUGCACGUGUACAUGGAGAAGCUGCGGAAAUCAGAGGUUCAAGAUUGUCAAAUGCUAUCGGUGUGGCUGCACGGAGUUGGGGACUUCACAAGCAAGUUGGACGAACCGGUGAUUUGGCAACUACAAUUCAUCACCACGUUCACAACCUUGCUUACUCAUCGAAAUCCUUCGUUCACCGUAUGAAGUUCUUUUGUUUGGAAAUACACGCAGUUGGAUUAUCAUCUGGAAAGUAUUGAUAGAAAAAUGCUCCAAGAAAACAAGUCUUAAGAUUGUUCUGCAUCGUCGGUGGGCUCGUUACAAGAAAGGCCAAUGGAAAUUUUUCUCCUAAUAAGUUAGUGAAAACUUCUCAAUGUUCCCUACUGGGCCUUCAAAUUUGCAUUCUAAAAGCAACGAAGUGGAUCUCGAAUGCCCUAACCAAAUUAAGGUAACAGGAGCUAACAAGGGCAUUGGUUUUGCCAUUGUACGAGCCCUGUGCAAGCAGCUGGACAAUGGAAUCGUCUACCUGACUGCCAGGAACGAGGAGAGGGGGAGGGAGGCCGUGGCCAGACUCAAUCAGGAGGGGCUCCAGCCUAAGUUUCACCAGCUGGACGUUACCGAUCGGGCCAGCGUGAGCCAGCUGAGGGAUUUCCUACAUAAGACGCACGGAGGCUUGGACAUACUGGUUAACAACGCUGGGGUCUACCAUGAUGAGGAGUCAUCUCUGCCACUGGGAGAGAAGGCGUCGGUUACUAUGGCAAUCAAUUUCGACGCUGCCUUGGAUAUCAGCAGAGCUCUCAUCCCACUCAUACGAGCUCAUGGAAGAAUCGUCAACGUAUCCAGUUUAAUCGGGGUCUGGGCAUUCCAAAAAAUGACCAAGGAGCUGCAAGGUCGUUUCCAAGGAGCCAAGACGGAACAGGAAGUGGAGCAGCUCAUGCACGAAUUUGUGACACUUGCCAAGGCCGGCAGUCACGCCCGUGAGGGAUGGCCUGAAAUGGUCUAUGGAAUAUCCAAGAUGGGGGUCAUUGCACUUACCCGGAUCCAAGCUGAUGACAUUGCCAAGGAUAAGACUAAGGGUGAUGUUCUUCUUACGUGUUGCUGCCCGGGUUACGUGGCCACAGACAUGACAAACUGCCAAGGGCAGAAGACAAUCGAUGAGGGCGCCGUUACGCCGGUCUACUGCGCCCUGCUACCGCCCGGUUCCAGUCAAUUCAACGGCAAGAUGUUCAGCGAAAAGAAGCUAGUUGAGUUCUGGUAGCGUCCGAACAAUGAGUUUUCGUCGUCGUCUUCUUAGACUUUGAGACACGGAGACUUUUAGACAUUCGUUCAACGUUGCUUCUCGGAUAACUCCCCAAAAACGUAAUAGAUAACUGCAUGCAUGCUCCAUAAGCACAGGAAUGGAAUUCACUUAGAAAUCAAGAGAAUACCUAAUUCAACAACAUUAAUAGGUAGAGCUAUGGGUUGAAGCAAAGCUUCCUUUUUCUAACGUGUGGACAGAUACAAUCACAAUAUAAAUGACAGAUAAGGUGAAAAAUAUGGAAAAACGAAAGCAUCACACGCAGAGGUAAGACAAUUACACAUCAAACAUUUUAAGAGUUGAGUAGUAUUGUGUGUAAGCUUAUUAGCUUUUUAUUUUUAAUGUAGAUAAGGUUAAGGAUGUUUAAUCGAUUUACUCAAGCUAUUCAAGAAGUUAUAAUGUUGCCCUGGUAAAAAAGCCUCUUUUGUAAGGCGUUGGAGGAACGUAGAUAUCUUUUUGAAACACUUCUUGUGCUAUAUAACUGUAUAGUCAUGGUUAAAAUGGACUAAAAGGGCUUGAAAGUAGAUUAUUUGAAUAAUUGUAAGCAAAGUUACCCAUAUUUAGGUAAUAAAGAUUUUAAACCCUAAGUGCUUGAAAUUGACAAACAGAGGAUCGGCAUGUUCAAUAUGAUCCGCCUAACAGGAACAGGAGCCUAGGCACAAUUUUCCUGGCAACUGCGGCUCCUGUUAUGGGGACUACACUUCCUCAUCUUGGCUACCAACAAAAUGAACGCUCCCCACCAACAUGGCUCCUUUCAACCGGUGAAGCUUGUCGUGUGAGGGUUUGUGCUCUGUAUUUCGGCCAAGAUCAAACACCCACAUGACCAAAACUGGCUUGGCGAACAUUCAUCACCGUCCACUGUCAAUCGUCCACCAUUAGCCCAUAUAAUGUGUUUCCAACACAAUAGGAGGGUGCUAUUUACAGUGGGUAAAUUUUAAAAGAUUUCAACGAAACAAACUAUCGCCCAGGUAUUGUGUGCACCAUUUAAUUGGCACGACCAACAUCAGUGAAUUUAGCGAACCUUAUGUUUUAAUGUACGGCUAGAGACUUAAAAUUUUCAAAGAUUUUUUGUUUUAAGUACCUACCUAUUUGACUUGUAGGGUCUAACAGCGCCCUUGGUUGGAGCAGGUAUGAAUGAAACUUCAAUAUACAUGUAGCUGGGUUUAUGCGCAAAUGUCCUAUAAAAACCAUGUAACAACAAAACUGGACCCACAAUGCCUUUGUCCCGAAUGAAGCCACCAGCCGCCAUUUUACUGUGCCGAAUACAAUAGGCGAUGGCUCGCUUACGCGUCGUAACUAUUGAUGCCAUUAACGAAUUUGGUUAGUAAUGGCGAAAAAGCCUUUGUAUUACAUUUUGUAUUUGGAACGGUUAAAGAUAGCCGCAGGUGGCCUCAACGACCUCUGCGUGCUGAUGAAGGUAUCAAGGGUCCACAUUUACUGAUAUAAGGUCCGUGGGUUUAUGGUUUGGUUUGAUGGAGCGUUUUUAGGGCCUGUUUGUUUCACACGCAUCACGGUCAGCGAUCCAAGAGCUGGUUAUCGCUAUCCAUUCGGUGGGUUGACCGUUCUGGUGUCAGCGAACCAGCGACGGAUCACUGAUCGCGGUCCGGACCUGCGUGGAACAAACUGGCCCUUGGUUGGAUCCUGAGUAAGUAUCCUCCCCCCUCGGCGCCUCCAGCAGCUUCACCAUUAGAACCUCUUCUGGGGAGCUAGUUAGCGGAGCAGUUCUUUCCUCACUUUGCACCAAGGAGUCCUGGCUUGGCCUAGGCUUUAAGUGCAUUUGGUUUCCAGUCCAUACUCGCUCUCGUAGGUUUUCUCCAGGCACCCAGGUCUUCUCCUGCCUCUAAAACUGGACCUUCUUCCUAACUCCGUAAUGAGAUGCUGAUUAAUAAAGGUUAUAA